GUGUUCCAACUGCCGAAAAAUGUCUUUGGACGCGACACUCGAGAACAUCAAUGACACGUUACAACAGGUGGCAAGCCUCCUGAAAGCCGUUGAAGUUGCCGUUUUUAUUUUGGCAAUUGCCGUUGGGAUCGCAUUAAUUGGCUGUACCGCCGGCUUCUUCUAUGGCAAAUACAAUCAACGAUACCAGUAUAAAGAGCUGAGCAGCGGGAGCCCCAGCAACUCGACAACCCCAUUUCAGAGCCCGAUGAAGAGUCAGCGAGUUUGAGAUGAUGACGUCAUCAGAUUUGUACAAUUUAUUAAUGUGCCUUUAAACAUUUGAAUGGGUUUAUUUCUAUGUGAUUCUUAUUUCCUCUUUCCUGGUUGUUGAUUUUGCUUCUGAUUUUGAUACUGACUUUUGAAAAUAAAAAUUUUAAAAAAACUC